GAGGAUGCUGCGGGCAGGGGCUGCCGCCCGCCGCCCCCCCCUCCUCCUCCUCCGCGCUGGGCGCGCCCCGGCCCGGCCCCGCGGCAUGGGAGCGCGCCGGCCGCCCGCGUCCCCCCGUCUGCGCUGAGCGCCGAGGGGGCAGCGCCGCCCGCCCGACCCCGACCCUGCCCCUGCCCCUGCCCCUGCCCCGCUCCGGGCAGCCAUGGGCGCGCUGGCCAGCCGGCAGCAGGCCGGGGUGGAGGAGCUGGACGUGCCGGCUAAUUCCGUCUACAGAUACCCCCCCAAAUCCGGGAGCUACUUUGCCAACCACUUCAUCAUGGGAGGUGAGAAGUUUGACUCAACGCAUCCUGAGGGCUACCUCUUCGGAGAGAACAGUGACCUGAAUUUCCUGGGGAACAGACCUGUAGCGUUUCCGUAUGCCGCCCCGCCCCCCCAAGAGCCAGUGAAGACGCUCCGAAGCUUAAUCAACAUCCGCAAAGACACCCUGCGCCUCGUCAAGUGUACAGAGGAAGUGAAGACCCCUGGGGAGGAAGUCAGCAAAGCCAAGGUCCGUUACAACGUGGAGUUCACGUUUGACACUGAUGCACGGUUGGCCAUCACCAUCUAUUACCAAGCUACUGAAGAAUUCCAGAAUGGAAUAGCAAGUUACAUCCCCAAAGACAACAGCUUGCAGUCGGAGACGGUCCAUUAUAAGCGAGGGGUAUGCCAGCAGUUCUGUUUACCCUCUCACACCGUUGAUCCCUCAGAGUGGACAGAAGAGGAGCUGGGCUUUGAUCUGGACCGGGAGGUGUACCCCAUGGUGGUGCAUGCUGUGGUGGAUGAGGGAGACGAGCACAUCGGCCACUGCCACGUGCUGCUAGCAACAUUUGAGAAGCAUGCAGAUGGCAGCAUUUGUGUGAAGCCCCUCAAGCAGAAACAAGUGGUGGAUGGCGUUAGUUACCUCCUUCAGGAAAUCUAUGGGAUCGAGAACAAAUACAACACACAGGACUCCAAGGUUGCUGAGGACGAGGUGAGCGAUAACAGCGCAGAAUGUGUUGUUUGCCUCUCAGACGUCCGGGACACCUUGAUUCUACCCUGCCGGCAUCUCUGCCUCUGCAACACGUGUGCGGAUACAUUGCGUUACCAGGCCAACAACUGCCCCAUCUGCAGGCUGCCAUUUAGAGCCUUGCUUCAGAUCCGUGCAAUGAGGAAGAAACUCGGCCCCUUGUCUCCCACCAGCUUCAACCCCAUCAUUGCCUCCCAAACGUCAGACUCAGAGGAACACUCGUCUUCUGAGAACAUCCCUCCUGGAUAUGAGGUGGUCUCUCUGCUGGAAGCUCUCAAUGGGCCCCUCACUCCCUCCCCGGCAGCCCUUCCGCUUCAUGUGCUGGGUGAUGGUCACGGGUCAGGGAUACUGCCUUCCUAUGGCAGCGACAGCCACAUGCCUCCGAUCAGGACGCUGUCCCCCCUUGACCGCCUGUCUGACUGCAGCAGCCAAGGCCUAAAACUCAAGAAGAGUCUGUCAAAGUCGAUAUCCCAGAAUUCCUCUGUCCUGCAUGAGGAAGAGGAUGAAAAGUCCUGCAGUGAGUCGGAGAUCAGGAUUUCCAGGAGGAAGUCUCCUCUUCAGCAUGAGGAGGAAUGCGGUGUGACCCCGGACAGUGAGAACUUCACCUUGUCCUCCUCAGGAGCAAUAGACCAGUCUUCAUGUACAGGAACCCCACUCUCCUCUACCAUCUCCUCCCCGGAAGAUCCUGUCAGCAGCAGCCUGGCCCAGUCCAUCAUGUCCAUGGCUUCCUCCCAAAGUCAGCACUCCCAGCUCAGCACCGAUACUGUGUCUUCCAUGUCAGGCUCCUACAUUGCUCCUGGCACAGAGGAAGAGGGGGAUAUGCUCCCAUCCCCUGCUGCUGCCAGUGGGAUACCUUCAGAAGGAGAGUCGACUCCUGUGGAAUCUCCAGAUACAAACUUUGUCAGUAUCCCCACGGAGGAGCGAGAUGCAGAGGGGAAUGAUGUCAUGGAGGAAGAGGAUGCAUCUCCCACUCAGGAAGACGGCCAGAGGACAGGCGCUUACCUAGGUAUGGAGUGUGACAAUAACAAUGACAUUGGCAUCGCAAGCGUGAAAGCUCUGGACAAUAAGCUGUGCUCUGAGGCCUGCUUACCUGUCUUUUUCCCAGGUGUUGAGGCGUCCGAUGACAACGCCCUGACCUGCCGGCAAGCCCCGAGACACCAUCUGUCCACCAGCAGCAUCAACCGGGAAGAUGAUAAGGAUAUGCAAUGCAUGAUGGGACCUCUGGCAGUCUGACGAGACUCCGCCCUCUCUGGGACUGCACGCUGGAUGGAGGGCAAAGCCAGCUACCCAACACUAAAGAAAUCUGGAGCAGCCAAUCUGUGGGCAUUAACACCUCAAAUAUGGCAGAUGUAGCGAUACUGUUAUAUAUAUUAUUUUUUAAUUUAAGCUGCAAUUCUCACCCCUCCUCCCUUUGAACUGUUUCCCUAUAUUUAUGCUAGGACUAACUGGACUCACCUUGAUAACAGCAGAAAGGAGGCUGGUUAUGGUCAUGAACUGUAACUCUCAAAUUCAGAGGCCUCGGUCCAUGUGUUGUAGCCAAGAACAGUUGGGGUGUUUCCCUUCCCGCUCUUCUCCCUGUUUCCUACUGUGAACUGGUUGUAAGGUAGGAGGGAAUUGAUGUCAGCACAUGUCCUCCACUGUUUCCUUUUCCCUUCAGCCCUCCUUGGCAGUUGGCAGCCCAGUCAAGAAGUUGGAGUCUCCAUGUGGCACUGAAUGGGUGCUUGGAGGAGACUUCUCUUCAGUGGGAUGACUUCAUGGCCUGGAAGAUCUCCACCCAACAAGGAAAGAGGCUGAGAGGAAUGGGCUGGGAGAAGAGGGUGCCAACAGGAGCAAGUGGUGGUUAAGGGAAGAACAUUACCGCAUGCCUAUUGUAGGGGCAUGGCAAUGUGGCUGCUUUCUGGGCAGGCUCUCCUGUCUCCAUCCAUCACAUGCCCUAAGUCACCUUCCGUUAGCACAUGCAUCCCUGUGUAGACUGGUUGGUGCGCUCACCCAUCUCCAUAUCACCUGGCAUAGAGUAACCAUCUCACUGGCUCACCUGAGUGCAGACAUUCUGCAAGGGUAAGUUCUGCUUGUUACGACUAACUAGAGCUAUGCCCCGGGUCCUUUGGGGUCACAGGGAAUUUAGCUGUUGACUUCAGUAGGACCAAAAUGUGGUGUUUGUGAUGAACUAUCAAUGGGCAAGCUUGGGCACAUGGGCCAGGACUCUGUGCUGAUGCAUAUGAACUGGUGCACUUCCAGGGAAGGCUGGUACACCUGUAGGUUUGCUGAAGUGUGCUGUGAUAGUCCACAAAAGUCCACUCACCUGGUUGCAUGUGCGCAUUCAUAAUGGCUCAUUCCUCUCUCUUGCCUUGCAAGAGGUUCUUGUCCUAACUGGGACCAACUCACAAGAUAUAAGCUUGAAAACAAGUGCUUUAAACACGGCUGCUGCUGCUUUGGCAGGUUCCAAAUGUCUCUUCCAUCCCCUGUGCCCUCCUCCCGUUGCUGCAGGGCAGCUGCCAACUUUUUCUUCCUCUUGCAAACCAAAAACAAGCAAUAACCUAGCUCCACAGCCUCAGCAAGAGAUUAGAUGAAGGGCAAUUAUGGGCUGAGGGGGCUUCCUUCAUGAUGGUUAGCCCUUGCAUCUGUCUGUUAUGUGACACAUUGAUUUGGGGAAGGUAAAUGGUAGCCCACAAUGAAAGCCACAGCAGGGGACAAAUAUACGGCCCCUUGGAGAUGCGUAGUUAUGGGAUUUUUCCAUCUUGCCUUCCAAUCUGCUGCCAUGCUGGCUCUGUUUGUUUCAGCUGGACAGGCUUCAGAUUCUCCAGAUGCCCCUUUCUCUGGAGCAGUUUCAGUGAUGAAGGCCCAGUCCCUCCUUUUGUUUCUUGUUUCUAAGGCAUUUUUACCAAGUGGGGGCAAACCAGGAGCUAUAUACAAUGCCACCCCUUCUGCUCUCCCUAUCCCACAUUGAUCAGUCUGCCCUGUGUUUCCAGCCAGACUUUUCAGGGGAAGGUGUGUGUACUGCGUCAACAAUGGAACUGAGACUCCAAUCCACAGGGCAAAAGUCAAAGGUCCUGGGGAGGCAGGUCAUGACUAGGGACCUACCAAAGACCAGAGAGGCCCUCUGGAAAUGCAGGCCAAGGCAGAGGGAAGGACAGUCCUGGUUGGUGGUGAAGUGAUUGAGGAGAGUCAGCACCUCAGAAGAAGUGUUCAGCUUGUUCUUGGGAGGGAGAAUUCAGUCUCAUGAUGUAUUCAAGGGGCUCAUAGAAAAGCUUCAGAGUGGGUGCAAAUGGGAUGUCAAGAGUAAUGCAUAUGACUUGGGUAUUGUCAAAACUGGUGCUUUAUUCAUGACCUGAGAUCCCCUUCUACGAGGACACAUCAGUAGUGGCCCCCGCUCGCUGGUAUUGGUGGCUUUUGGACCAGUGCAGCAGAACACAAUGGCCAUUUGAAUGAAGAACAUAUAAACCCCUAUCCCAUCCUCCUGUCUCCUGCCCUUGGCGCUCUCUGCUCCUGCUAUGUGCUGGGUGUUGAGGGUGAUGGAACUGCUCUUUCUAUUAGAACAAGAGAGGUUGGAUGAAGUGGUGCACGUCUGUUACUCUCACUAUGCAGAGGACAGCCCAGGGCUACAGAAUGAUUCAGUGCCCAUAGGUGUGUGCGCAGGGGUAGGUAGGCCCCUCCUAGCCCUAGGCAUGUCAUAGUGAUACCAAUGCAAGAUGUAUUUAUUGCUGCAUAAUUCUGAGACAAUAUGUGGAUUAUGGAGGAAGGGCAGCUGGGACUAGGAGGUGUGUUUGGGCAUGGGAGAAGGAUCCAUUUUUGAGGCACCAGUCAAAGGGCUGCACUAGCUUGUAAUUGAUGUUUGCCCUCUGCAAGCCUUGUUCCAUUAGGCUAUCAAAACAGUACUGCAUACUCCCCCCUCUCCUUGGUGGACACUGUUGGAGCUGAUACAAGCCCCACAUGCUAACUGAACUCAAGAAUCGUUCCAUGAAUGAUGAAAGCCAGGCCUACGUUUUCUGGGUGAUGUAUUCUGCAAUGCCCAGGUGUCCUGCCUGCAAUUAGGAAUGUGUCCCAGACAGACCGGGGAAGGUGCAGCUCCUGGCUACAGAGUUGUCUCAAAGUACUGUACAUAGCUGGUUUAAUAAGAGACACAUAACCUGCUGAACUAAUAACAGAGCCAUCUUAGAGGCUGGGCAGAAAGCUCUCCCGAGCCAAUAAGAAAGGAACGCAAGGGAGACAAGAUGGAGUCACUGCUAUUUUAUUCCCCACUCCCACUUCUACGAGUGGGUUGUGGUGUAAAUCAGGAGGAGUUCCACUUAAAGCAAUGGCAGUAGUCUAGUUUUGCAGUGCCGUAACAGAGUAGCUUAUGACACAUUGAGCAAUCAGGUUCUGUUUCCCUGGGAGGAAAGGCCAAGCCAUUUUCAGGGGUUCCUGAGAGGUUCUGCUCCCCUGUAUUUCAUGUCAGUGUCCAGGCAAGUAGAACAGCAACUGUGGAAGGUACGUGCCAACCCAGACCGGUGGCAUCACACACUUACCACAUGAUUAUCCUGGUGUAAAUGGGGCUCAUGGAAACCUUAUACCAGGGUCAUGGAAACCGGGAGUCCAGGAGCAUCAUAAGAGUAAUUCUGACAUCUGGACUGGGGAAGGAAAGUAGGUGGGUAUCCUUGCUCAUUGCCUCUUCUAAUUGAAAGGGAGCAUCCAUCCAGUUUAACAGAGAAGUUUUAGUUUCUGCUUUGGCAUUUCUGAGCCUGCAUUACUAAAGGACCAGGAGGUGUAUAACAGACAGAACAGCAGCAAGGGAACAGGUGAAAAUGGAAGCCCCUCCUAUGAUGUUUGCAUGAAGUCUGCUGAAGCAGGCAGUAGGAGAGGAUGGCUGAAUUCAUCUUUAGCUUAACGCAAUAAAGCAACUGCAUCAAGUAAUCCAGGUGGCAAGAUGGACCAAUGUACAGUAGCAAGCUUCCACCCUUAGCAACUUGACUUCCAGUUCAGUUUUGUAGCUUUGUAGUCAUUCCUAUUGGCCAUCUGCCCACAAGAUGGGCACUCAGUGCACAGGAAAGCCAUGCUGAGGAUGAGGAUACUUUGGAAGAACUAUAUGGGAGAGCAGAACUGGGCUAGCAGGCAGGUUUGUAAAGAACUGGGAAAGGACAUUGGGAGAACUUUGUGUGAGAGACUUAUAUGAUUUCAUCCCGCCAAUGGAGAAGCAAACAUCCUUGCCAUUGCAUGGAAGACACAGUAGCAGAGGGUUUAUCCCACACUAGCAACCAUAGUAGGUACCCAUACGUAGUCUCUGCAAAGUUUGUACUCAAGUUGCUCAUUCUUGCUCAACCCCAUGCUAUGACAUCUUCACUGUUAGUUACUCAUGCUAGCUAGAUAAUGGUAGCGUAGGUAUGCUAGUGAGUGCUGUAAUCACACCUUCCCUGAGUACUCUGACCCAAUAGAGGCCUACUAUUCCACAGAUGGAAAAUGUUGUGGAAGAUCUGCUCUAGCCUUAGCUCAUCUCACUGGGGCCAGUAGGCCUGUCUUGAUCACAAGUUUGCUUCUUCUUGCCCAGGGCCUUAGCAGUAUCAGCUUUUCAGUGACAAAAUUGCCAUGAAACGAAAUCAUCAAGUUUAAUGGCCUUCUGCUCUCACUGAUUAAUCGAAUGCUCCCAGAGAUGAAACUGUCAUGAACGUAAAAAGAAGCAAACCCCAGUUUGAUGCUUAUGACUUGCUUUAAAACGUUCUUAGUUUCUGAAAUGGUAUCAUACCUCUAUUAGGCACGAGGCUCUUUUCUCCAUUACACCGAGUUUAAUUUUUAAAAAGCUACCCCGCAUUUAUACAAUGAAAAGUUGAGUGUCCCACAUAGGAGCAUUGCAGGCAAACGAGAAAUAGGAGUCCACACCAGUGAAAUGUUGGGAUAGUUGCCAAGAUGAUGCUUAGAGUUAUGAUGACAUAAACAGCAGGAGGGGGUAUGUGCAUGUGGAUUUUGCAGGCCCUUUAUUCUUCAGCCAUGAUGCUAAAGGAGUUCAAAGAGAGAAGAAUUUCCUCCUUCUCUAAGGCCCCCAGGGGUUCUCUCCUGGUGAUGAAAUGGACCUAAAGGUUUUGGCUGGAGCUUCUAGUGAAAUUCCACCCAGAAGGGCAGGAUACACCUGACCCAGGAUGACUCAGCUGCUGGGCCUACCGUCCUAGUGAGUCUUUGGAAGGGUGCAGUGAUCAACGACAAGCACCAGGUGGCAUCCCACAGUCAGAACUUCACUGCUCCACAGAUAACGAAUCAAACCUGCACAAGAGGUGGACAUUAUUCUACGCCGGGUCUUCCCAACAGCAUGGGAACAGGGCACACAAAAGGGAAACUUUAUAAGGCCAAGGGAGACUGAAGGGAGAUAGGAGAGAGAGAGGUCACAGGGAAGGCUGCGUUCAUCUCUAAGAAAAGUAGAAGCAGUGAAAGAAAACCAAUGUAGUGGCACUGGGCAUGGAGGGAGAAGUGAGUGAGCUUCAUACUUAUAGCGAUUAAUAAUUAGUCUGAUGAUGAUGAUGAUUAAUACUGAAUUAUAGUUUGCAUGUCUGUCGCACCUUCCAUCCAUGGUUUUCAAAGCACUUUACAGGCACUGAUGGAUAUUAUUUAGAUUGUAAGCUCUUUGAGGGCAAAGACUGCUCUUUUUCUGUAUGUGUCCAAUGACUUAGCACAGUGGUGCCCUAGCUCAGGCCAGGGGCUCUGAGGUACUACCAUGAUAGAAAUAGUAAAUAAUCAUGUUAAUGAAUAAUUGCCCUGAUAACCCUGUGAAGUAGGUCGGUACUAUUGUCCCCCCAGCUGGGAAUACUGAGGCACAAAGAGAUUAAGUGACUUGUUCAAGGCUUGUGCCAGGAAACCUCUGGCGGGUCAGAGUCCAGAUCUCGUGAUUCCCAACCUGGUGCCUUCACCUAUUGCUUUGAUGCAGUAACUCUGGAGAAGGAGGGAGCUAUUUAGAGUGGCAUAAAGUUGUAUGUGUUUCUCUUUAAAGCUGGGUAUUUUAUGUUCAAAAGUAGUUAUUAAAUAUGGAAAGCACUGAUUUACCUGA